UCUGAGACCAUAGUUCUUGCCAGCCCAGCCGGCACCUGGAGGCAUAGAGGAGAUGGCGGCUACUAUGGGAGGGUGUGCCUCACUGUGCAUAGCAUUGCUAUUCUUCUCUCUGAUUGGCACACUAACAGGCACUCAAAAAUCUAUGCUGACCUUGAACCCCCCGUGGAAUAGAAUUUUUAGAGGGGAGAAUGUGACUCUUCAAUGUAAAGGGAAUAAUUCUCUUGAGGACAGCAGCACUAUGUGGACCCAUAAUGGCACCAUUUUGGUAGUGACAACUUCAUACUUGAACAUUGUGAAUGCCACCUAUCAAAACAGUGGGAAAUACACGUGUAAGAAACAAAAUUUUUACAAGAGUAAACCUGUGUACUUGGAAGUGAUCAGUGACUGGAUGCUCCUUCAGGCCUCUGCUGAGGUGGUGGUAGAAGGGGAGUCCCUCUUCCUCAGGUGCCAUGGUUGGAAAAACUGGAAGCUCAGAAAGGUGAUCUACUACAAGGAUGACUCAGCCCUCAAGUACUUCUACGAGAACCGCGAGUACUCCAUUACAAAUGCUUCACUUAACGACAGUGGCAGCUAUCUCUGUAAGGGCCUACUUCAGAAGCAGCCCUGUGUCUCUGAGUCCCUUCAAAUUACUGUAAUAAAAGCUCACCAAACCAAGUAUAUGUGGCUGCAAAUUAUUAUCCCAUUGUUGGUGGUGACUUUGUUUGCUGUAGACACAGGACUGUUUUUCUCCAUGGAGCAGCAGUUUAAACUUCUCUUGAAGAUUAAGGAAGCUGAAAAAGGCAGUGAACUUGGGAACCCACUUCCUAAGCCAGACCCUGAAAAGAACUGAUGUCAUUGCUUAGGAGACAAUUUGCAACAGCAAUAUUUUACUGCAUCAGCAAUUGUUUCUCAAUUGUCAGACACGACUUACAAGGUACAUGUAAGUCUAUGUUUGAGGAUUUUCAGAAUUAUUUCAUUAAACCAACUGCAACUGGUUGGCAUGUAAUAGUUAAGUGCUCAAUAAAUAUUAUUUGAAUA